AUGUCCAUCUUCCAUCGAUUGGACGACUUUCUCACCAAACAACUCAUUCACUCAUUGUCUCUCACCAUUCUUACAUCUCCCCCCGUCAUCCUUCCCUCUCUCCUCACCACCCACUUACAGACCCUUUCAACUCCAAACCAACACUUUCUACAGCCAUUACCUGGACACAGUCCGGCUGCCGGCUCAAAAUUCUCAUCUUUCACAUCCGGAUAUUGGCUACAUAAGUCACACAUCUCGAUGGAAAAUACCCGAGAUAAAGCACCUCCCAAGAAAAAUCCCGGAAAUCCUGGUUUUAAGAGAGACUAUUACAACUCAAAACGUAUUGAACCAGACACAUUCUAUCCCGAUUCUCCGUAUUUUUUACAAGAGUUCUUUGACAAAAGAACAAAAAACCAUAAUCCGCGUCCCCUGAACAAUUCCCAGCAAACUUUCGAUGAACUGCUAAGAAAGGAGAAUAUUGAACUUCCCCCUGCUACUCUGAUUUCUUCUUCUCAGUUUCCCUUCGCCAUUCCAUGCAGUUUGGAUGAUGUGGGUACACCAAACGGACGGCCUAAGUUCUGGCUCAUGGCAUUUAAUCUCAAUCUUCCACGAGACAAUCAUGAUAUUAUGAAUGCCUGGGAGAUGAUUGAAAAAACAAAAGAGCGCCCCUUUCACCCUGGUGUCUGGUUUCCCUCUAACUGCCGGAAGGAUCAUACUCGUCCAUUUCUUUCCAAAGAUGCUAGAUCCAAUGAAACCCAACAAUUCAUGACAACUUUUGACAGGAUUGCAGGAGGAGGUACACUCAAGAACUUACGGAAAUUUGACCCUGUCACUUCCAAAAGAAUGUCUCAUACGUAUUCCAUCAUCUCAGUCUUUGGCUCAGGUGGGUGGAAAUCUUCUGCAGAAAAUCGUCAGGGAUGGCUUGUUCUGCCUCAGCUCAAUAUAGAAGUUGAAAUGCCAGUUGAUGGGGACAAAAGGUUGGUUGUCACUGCCUUUGCCUGUAGUGAGAUGUCCAAGUAUUACGAGGGCCACAAACACGAGAUUGUAUCAAAACAAGUGGGGAACUAG